ACUAUACAUAUGUAAAUGUCGCCGCCACCCCUCACACAACUGCACAUGCAGUCACACACAUCAUCUCUCGAGCUUUUCACCGCUACUUCGCCUCUGACAUCCGCAUGUUUGUGUGAUUAUGUUGGCAUCGAAUUUUGUUUGUUUUUAUUUGCGUCCAUCAAAAUCGUAUCGUAUUGUAUCGAAUUCGGCCGAGUGCCGAGAAGAGAGUUUUCGCAGUAGCUUCCUCCGAUUACGAAAGUUUCCCGUUACGUCUACAACAACAAAUAGAAAAAAUUGACCUUGUUUAUGCACACACGUACACCGCACAUUGAAACCACACCCCCUCUCGCCACGCACACUACGCACACAUCCUCAUACUAUGCCCACACUCACACAGUCUCACAUACUCGUCCACUUGCAGGAGGAUAUGUGUACAUGAACGGAGAUGCAGUCAAGAUCCAGCCGCCGGUCUACACCAAUGUUCCUGUCGAAACGGCGAUGCUAGCCACUAAUCUGUUCGGCGCCACCACACAGAUCGCAGCCCCAGCAGCAGCCGCCGCAGCCCACAUACCGUUGAUUACAGCAGCCGCCGCAGCAGCAGCAGCCGCCGCACCACCCGUAGCUCCCAUCGCAGCCGUGGCCGCCGCAGCAGCAGCGCAGCCCGCUCAACAGCAGCAGCCGCCGCAUCCAAUCCAGCAGCAACCGCAGCCGCAUCCUCACCAACAGCAGCAGGUGCAGGUGCAGCACCUUGCUUCGCACGUCGCCCACCAACAGCAGCAACAGUCGCUCCAACAGCAGCAGACACUCCAGCAGCAUAUACAACAACAAUCACCGCAUCCCGCCCAGCAUCUGCAAUACGGCCUUCAGCCGGCGCCUUCACAGGCCCAGGGCGUGGUUAGCACUGCCGGAGGAGCAGGAGGAGGAGGACCAGCAGCAGCAUCACUAGCUGUCGGAGUCGGUGGCGAGGCCAACGACAAUACCGAAUACGCCAUCAUGAAUGGAGCACUUGCCCAGACCCAGGAUGGCACUGUCGUCUACACAGACGCCUUCGUACCUGGUGUUAACAACACGAAUUUAGUUGCCCUUGAGCCACAGCAGCAGCACAUUGUAUUGCCGGUCCAGGUUCCUGUCCAAGUUCCCGUUCAGCUACCCGUAACGCUGCCAGCGAAUGGCACAGCCGAUCAGCUGCAGCAGCAGCAGCCGCAGGGCGCCACUGGCGAAGAUCCUAAUAUACCGUUGGAUAAGCUCAAGCAGAUGCUGGCCACACAGCUCGAGUAUUACUUCUCUAGAGAGAACCUGGCCAACGAUACUUACUUGCUGUCGCAGAUGGACGGUGACCAGUAUGUGCCCAUUUGGACAGUGGCCGGAUUUAAUCUGGUUAAGAAACUAACAAAGGACAUCAAGCUCAUCACCGAGGUGCUGCGGGAGUCCCCCAACGUCCAAGUGGACGACCAGGGCCUGCGCGUGCGUCCCAAUCGCAAACGUUGCAUCAUCAUUUUGCGCGAGAUAUCGGACAACACGCCAGUCGAUGAAGUCAAGGCUCUGUUUAACAACGAGACCUGCCCCCAGCCCAUCUCCUGCGAAUUCGCCGCCAACAGCUCGUGGUACAUCACCUUCAAGUCUGAUGAGGAUGCGCAGAAGGCGUUCAAGUACCUGCGCGAAGAGAUUAAGGAGUUCAACGGCAAGCCGAUAAUGGCGCGCAUCAAACCCAAGUCGUUUAUCAAUCGCGUUCAAGCUGUACCAAAUAUGAAGAACGGUUACCGUCUCACAUCGCCACCAACCGGCCAACCGGCUGUUUUUGAUCCAUCCGGAGCCGGUGCUACCGCCGUUAGCUAUGCUCCCACUCCGCAGCGCUACAUGUACGCCAACGGGGCUACCAUAGCGGCUCCCACCUCAGUUCCGUACACCAAUCCCGUACUGAUUCCGAUUCCGCAGAAUCAAUUCUAUUCCGGCUUGGUGGCUGGUCCGUGGCCCCCUGGUACUAUGGCCACCACUACCCCCCAUAGCCAGAAUUUCUAUGAGAUCGGCGGCAAUCUGUUUGCCGCUGCAAAUCCCUUGACUUCGCAAGCUGUCGCCGCCAGCUUCACACCUGCUCCGCCGCCACCGACUGCACAAACAAUGGUUACGUCCAAGCCGCAGGGCGGCGGUGGACGCUACAACAACAAUCAUCGCGGCGGCGGUAAUCCCAAUAACGUAGGCGCCGGUACCAAUUCGGGACCACGCGGCGAGUCGAGGGGCAAGCCGCCACGCAACUCUCAGCAAACUCAGUCGCACAUCCAAGGCGGCAGUAUUGUACCCAUCCAGAUAGCGGGCGCAAUUCCAGGCGGGAUGGUCAGCGUGGUUCCCGCGAACAUUGUUCAGCAAGAUCCGUUGCAGCAGGCACCGUUGCAGCAGCAGCCACAACAACAGCCGCAGCAGCAAGUGAUUCAGCUCCAACAGCAGCAGCAGCCAACAAGCUCGGGUCAGCAGCAACAGCCUUCGCAGGUGCAGGUGAACAGCUCCACCCGCCACUAUCCCAUUAAGAAUAAUUGGAAGGGCGGCAUGCAGAAGAACCUAGAUAAGGGAUAUGGUGGCGGGGUGACUACUCACCACCACUAUGCCCAGGUGCAGGUUUUGCCCGCCCACGGCCAUCAUCUGCAGGGUCAACAACAGCAGGGACAAUCGCAGCAGCAGCACUACCAUUUGCCUUCCUCUGGUUCUGCCAGCGCCCCGCAAGUUACCUAUGUGUCCGCAGCUCCAGCUCAGCACCACUUGGUGGUCCAACAACAGCCGGCGCAAUCACAGCAGCAGCAAGCGCAGGAUCUGCAACAGCAACCAGAGACUGGGGACGGUGGCGUGGUGGAGCAUGGCUCACACGCCAUGCAGCAGAUUAAUCGUAACGCCAUGUCUACAAGUUCAUCCUCAUCGCUGGCUACUUCGAUUAGCAAGGAGCCACUGCAGUGGCAAAACAGAACGCGUCGUCGUCGCCGCGAUGAGGAGGGCGGUGGUCUCAACUAUUCCCCAGGCGGGCGAGUUGGGCUAUACGGCAGUUCUCCUUCAAAUCCACAUCAGCAGCAACAGCAGCAUCUUCUAGGCCCAUCCACCGCCAGCAACGUACAGCCGUCGGGAGGCGCAGGCGGUACUGAUGGCGGCGGAGUCGGAGGGGGAGCCCCCCAUCGUAGCGGCGGCGGGGAGCGCCAGAGCCAUUACAAUACCAUCCACGACGUCCCACCACCCCAGCACCGUGGCAACUACAAGGGCAACAACUACAAUCCUCACUAUCACGCCCAGCAGCACUCGUCGUCGAUGGCGAGUGGUGGCUCGCACCAUCAUCAUCACCACAGCUCCUUGUCCUCACAGCAGCAGCACCACCUGAACUCCACCGGUGCUGCUGGCCAGCAGCAGGGCUCUGGGCAUUAUCACCACCAUCACCACCACCACCACAAUUCAAUCGGCAGUAAUGUAGGCAACAGUGGUGGCUUGGGCAUCAGCAGCGGCGGAGGUGGUGGCGGCGGUGGCGGUGGCGGUGGCAGUGGCUCUGGUGGUGGAUCCUCUGGCGGCGGCGGAUCUGGCAGUAACAGCCUCUCCGGUGGAAGCAAUGAUCGAGGCGGUCUUCAUCACAGCUCUUUGGGCUAUCAGGGGCAUCCACAUACACACCAGCACCAAACGCAACAACAGCAACAACUGCAGCAGCAGCAGCAACAGCAACAGCCGUCGGCUCCGGUCCAGCCGCCGCAGUUUGAUCUGGAGGCAGCGGCCUUUCCACCACUGCCAGCCACAUCGGCUACCGCACCGCAUACACCUCAGGUCACCAGCAACGCCUCUCUGCAUAACUCGACUACGUCGUCCUCCUCGUCAACGGGUCUGACUCAAAAGCAGUCGCUACACCAGCAGCAGCAACAGCACCAUCAUCAGCAGCAGCUGAGCAGCAGUGUGGAGAGCGGCGUCGGCGAGGAACAGCAGCAGCGAUCCACCAAUCACCAAGGGAUGGAGAACAGUAAUGCUCAUUUGGCCAGUGCUGCUUCCUCAUCGAAUAACUGGUCUGAGAACCGCUUGUCGGAUGUGGUGCGCACUGGGGGCAGCGUUGGCGUCAGUGGUGGUAAGGGCAAGGCGCGCAAAGAUAAUAGGCACCACCAGAUGCAGAACCAGAAUCAGCCGGCGCACUUGGCCCACAACUAUCAACAGCGUAAUCCACCUGUUAGCCCCACGCCCGUCCUGGGCACAGAGUACGCGCUGCAGCUCCAGGAGGGAACCAAUACUAAGAACGUUACUAAGCAGAGCUCGAGUAACAACAAUUCGAUCCAUGUGAUAAAGUGUCUAACACCAAAUAUCAACACCAGCAGCAAGGAGGAAGCGGCUGCCGGAGCCCAACAGCAACCGCCGCCGCAGCAGCAGCUGGACAAAUCAAAUAAGACUGAGGAUGAAGUGUAUCCAAAGCAGCAGCAGAGACUGGUCGAAGGCUACGCCCAGCAGCAGCACCCGCCGUUGCCGUCGGCGUUGGCAGGUCACAACGAGUACUCCGCUGCUCUGGCCGCGGGCGCUGGCGCCUGCACUGUGGUGGAAAGUGGUCUGACCACAACCCUUGCCGAGUGCUGCCUCGGCCAGCAUAAGAAGCCACCCGCCGUUGCCGCUCUACACGCCAAAAAGGAGGCGAAUCUGUUGGCUAAUAGUGCCAAACACAAAAGCGUGGCCACAUCUACUUCCACGGAGAAUCUAGCGGCUGCCGCCACAGCCAGCAAAUUGAGCUACGCUCAAGUGGCUCAAGUUCACAAGGCAGCCGCCUCCGGUGAUAGCAAGGAAACUGGCUCAGGCGGCUCCACCGGCACCCUUUCGCCCACCGGUAGCCACAAGAUGGAUCUAGUCUUUGGCGAUCCCGCCUCUGUUGUGGCGGCGGUUGAGAAGAGCGGCCUGGCCGCCGUCUCGGUGGUGGUUACAGCUGAAAAGCGUGCUGCAGGCGGUGCCUCGCCAGCUGGCAAAGCCAGUGGAGGUGUCAAUGCUGCUGUCGUUGUCUCUGCUAAAGAAAAGGAUAAUCGUCCCAAUGCCUCUGUGCGCCAGCGGAGCAAGGAGAAGCCACAGCAACAGCAGCAACAUUAUGGUUCUGGAAUAGAACACAACAAUGCCAAUGCCACUGUUGGCUCGGGGACUAGCGGUAACCGGAAGUCCAGAGCCAGCAACAGCAGCACCUCUUAAGGAGAAACCCAAGCGAAAAAGAAAAAAAACCGCGUUGCCAAAAGCAAAGGAGGCAACUGUUGACAGAUACCCCUUAGCAGGGAAGAUGCAUCUCUGUGUGCGCCUGUUGUACAUAAAUGAAAUUCCAUGUGUAAAUAUCGAGCGGGAGAACUUUUUGUUAUUAUAUAUCUAUAAGUGCUAUAUAUAGAUAUUUACAAGCUAUCUAAGGAGGCAUACAAAAGCUGUGGCCGCUGCGAGAGAGUGAGAAGAUAGAGAAAAAGAAGCAGUGGGCUACGCUUGGACCAGUUAUCAUAUUUAGUAGGCAAGGACGACGUUGAUGAAUGAAUGGUGCACAUCCCCUUCUCCAGCUAUAUAUACGUAUAUGCCACUGUGUGUAUAUAAACAUAUAUAUAUAUAUAAUAUAUAAUUAUAUAUAUAUAUAUAUAUAUAUAUUCAGUUAUCAGUUAAUGUUAAUCUAACUAAGCUAAUGUUACCUAAACUCAAAAGGGUAAUGAAAACGAAGCAGAUGAGCAGUAGAGGAGCUACGACGACGAUAAGACAAGAGAUAAAUAUAUAAUAAUAUAUAUGCCUAAGCUAUCAUUACGAUUACCGAGUGAAUAGGUUCUAAGAUUUCUGAGCAUAGUUAGCCAAACAUGCAGCAUCGAACGACAAAAAAACAAACUAAACUAAACCUACAGCAACAGGAGCGUAUAUUAGGUUUUAUUUGCUGAUCAAUGAACGAACUCACGUUGAUUUUAUGUUAUAUAUUAUAUACGUUUAGGAAUAUUCAUUAUUUCUCAUAAUUUUUCGCCACAGAUUCGAGUGCGUAGCUUGUAUAUGUUACCUAUAUACUUGGCUAUGUCUCCUCCGCUAGUCCCUAUUAUUUAGAUAUAUUAUAUGUAAUAUAUAUAUAUUGUUUUGAAGCAUUAUUUGUAAACAUUUUAACGUCACUUGAUUGAGGGGAUACUCGUACUUAGUUCAGGACUUAAGGGAACCCUCAGUCAAGCUAUAAUAUAUCUUCCUUUCCCAAACACA